AUGCCCAUCAUCUCAUCUGCAGUGUUCGACGACACCGGCAAGCCGUAUGAUGUCAGCAGAAUCCUCACGAAGGACUACCACUUCGAUCACGAGGCCUACACUAAAUACAGCAAGGUCUACCUGCCCAUCACCUAUGUCUUGUCUUAUGGCGUUCAGUUUGCAGGUCUCUCGGCUUUAGUCACACAUACCAUCUGCUGGCAUGGCCCAGACAUAUGGCAGCAGUCCAAGAAGUCGUUUUCCGGAGACGUCCGGGAAAGCAAAGAUCAUUACCAGCCGGUGGCGUCCGGCGUGAGAAGUGCAAAGUCAACAACAAGCACCCACAAUGGCCGCUCGACAACAGAGCCAGACUCCAGUGCUGCUAGUAUAGGCAGCGAAGACUUCCAUUGUCGUCUGAUGCAGCGCUACGAAGACGCUCCGAUCAGUUGGUAUCUUGCCACGUUUGUAGGAAUGCUUGCUAUUGGUAUAUUUGUCGUCGAGUACUACCCUGUCUACCUCCCAUGGUAUGGUCUACUGCUCGCCGUUUCCAUUACCGCCCUCCUCUUCAUACCGGUCGGCAUCGUCAUGGCUAUCACGAAUCAGCACAGCAGUCUCUAUCUAAUCUGCCAAAUCAUCUGCGGAUUCGUCUUUCCAGGGAGGCCUGUUGCUAAUAUGGUCUUUGUCACCUACUGCUAUAUUUCCUCCGCCCAAGGCAUCAAAUUUUCCUCCGAUCUCAAAUUAGGCCAUUACAUGAAGAUCCCGCCCAAGCUCCUCUUCAAAAUCCAAUUAGCCGCCACCCUUGUCUCCAGCGUUGUCCAAAUCGGCGUCCUAAAUUGGAUGUUCACCUACAUUCCAAACAUCUGCACUCCUGAAGCAAUCAACGGCUUUACAUGCCCCAUAGCCCGGGUGCACUUCAACGGUUCCAUCCUCUGGGGCGUAGUAGGUCCGCAACGCUUUUUCGGCCAGGGCGCUCUCUACAGACCACUGAUCUGGGCAUUUCUAAUCGGCUUUAUCGCCCCAAUCCUCAUGUGGCUAAUCGGCCGCCGCAGCAUAGCCAGCAGCUCAUGGCGCAAAAUCAACCUCCCCGUCCUCUUUGGCAGUCUAAGCUGGAUACCGCCCGCCACGGGUCUCAACUUUUCAGUCUGGGCCCUCGUCUGCUUCCUCUUCAACUCGCACCUGCGCCGGCGCGCUCCGGCUUGGUGGGGGAAAUACACGAUGACGCUUUCCGCGGCGCUGGAUUCGGGGUUAGCGUUCGGGGUCUUGGUGGUGUUCUUUUGCUUUUUGUAUCCCGGGUGGGGGUGGCUGGGGAAGUUGGAGUGGUGGGGGACGAGCGUUUACAAAGACGGGUGUGACUGGAAGGGAUGUCCAUAUAAGACGUUGGCGCCUGGGGAGCAUUUUGGAUUAGGAGUGUAG